CCGACCUGCUGCCGGGCUGGACGGUCCGCACGGUGCUGGGCAGCAGCGAGAACGCGCGGGGCGUCUGCUCUGACACCGCCGCGCCCCUGGCCGCGGUGGACCUCAAGUGGGAGCACGACCCCGCCGUGUUCCUGGGCCCCGGCUGCGUGUACGCCGCCGCCCCGGUGGGGCGCUUCACCGCGCACUGGCGGGUGCCCCUGCUGACGGCGGGCGCCCCGGCGCUGGGCUUCGGGGCCAAAGACGAGUUCGCGCUCACCACGCGCGCGGGCCCCAGCUACACCAAGCUGGGCGACUUCGUGGCGGCGCUGCACCGACGGCUGGGCUGGGAGCAUCAGGCGCUGGUGCUCUACGCCUACCGGCCCGGCGACGACAAGCGCUGUUUCUUCGUGGUGGAGGGGCUGUACGUGCGGGUCCACGACCGCCUCAACAUCACCGUGGACCACCUGGAGUUCGCCGAGGGCAACCACGAGCACUACGCCAUGCUGCUGCGGACCGUGCCGCGCAAAGGCCGGGUUAUCUACAUCUGCAGCUCCCCAGAUGCCUUCAGAACCUUGAUGCUCCUGGCCCUGGAAGCUGGCUUGAGCGGGGGUGACUACGUUUUCUUCCACCUGGAUGUCUUUGGGCAAAGCCUGCAAGAUGCACAAGGCCUUGCUCCCCGCAGGCCCUGGGAGAGAGGGGAUGGGCAAGAUUCCAGGGCUCAUGAGGCCUAUCAGGCUGCCAAAAUCAUUACAUAUAAAGAACCGGAUAACCCCGAGUACCUGGAAUUCCUGAAGCAGCUAAAACACUUGGCCCAUGAGCAGUUCAAUUUCACGGUGGAAGAUGGCCUGGUGAACACCAUCCCCGCAUCCUUCCACGACGGGCUCCUGCUCUAUAUCCAGGCAGUUACGGAGACUCUGGCACAUGGGGGGACUGUCACGGAUGGGGAGGACAUCACUCGGCGGAUGUGGAACCGAAGCUUCCAAGGUGUGACAGGAUACCUGAACAUUGACAGCAAUGGAGAUCGGGAGACGGACUUUUCCCUCUGGGAUAUGGAUCUUGAGACUGGUACCUUCAGGGUUGUACUGAACUACAAUGGGACUUCCCAAGAGCUGGAGGCUGUGUCAGGGCGCAAGCUGAACUGGCCUCUGGGGUACCCUCCUCCUGACAUCCCCAGAUGUGGCUUUGACAACGAGGACCCGGCAUGCAACCAAGACCACUUUUCUGCUCUGGAGGUGCUGGCUUUGGUGGGCAGCCUCUCCCUGCUCGGCAUCCUGAUUGUCUCCAUCUUCGUAUACAGGAAGAUGCAGUUGGAGAAGGAGCUGGCCUCAGAGCUAUGGCGGGUGUGCUGGGAGGACCUACAGCUCAGCAGCCUUGAGAGGCACCUGCGGAGUACAGGCAGCCGGCUGACCCUGAGUGGG